GGAAAAGCAAGACAAUGAUCAAAUGGGAAACUUUCUCACGAAAGUGUAAUGUUAACAUAACGCGAAUAUUAUGGCCUGAUUUAAAGUAUCGACUAUGGGCUUGCUAAGUAAAUCCUCAUUGAAUACGAGAAACGGUUUGACAAAGGAACAACAUAAUUAUUUUCACACGCGUUUCAAGAUUCAAUUUUGACUCACAGGGAAACAGAUCAGUGAGGGUGGAUUUCCUUUGUGGAUGUCACCAUUUGAUUCACAAAGGUUUCCUGUAACUGAUGAGCCCAGCAGUUUGCAUCCAUGGAUAAUAUUACUACAAAAGAUACUCACAGCUUACCAGGAGGAAAAUCUUUCAACUGGCGCGCUAUGUACCUCGCGUAUGCCGUGGUCAUGUUUGCUGUUGUAACUGUUGGAUUCCUUGGAAAUGUCUUAACUCUGAUAAUUCUUCACUACCGCGAGCACCGCAAGAAAGUCUUGACUCCUCUUAUGAUCAACUUAGCAGUCGGAGACAUUCUCAUGGUUAUCGUAGUGUACCCCGUGGUAAUUGCGUCGAAUCUCGUUGGUAAACAGCUUAAGGAGGGAUCGCUGCGAUGCAAGUGGUCCGCCUUCGCAAAUGGCGCCAUUGGUAUAACCACUAUCGCUACAUUAGUUGUGAUGAGCGGCGUUAUGUAUCACGGUAUCAAACAGACUUUACCAAAACCUAAAAUACAUGCUAAAAAUAUGUCUCUGCUAGUGUUAAGUACGUGGUUAUACGGGAUAUUGCUUAAUCUUCCUCCUGUGAUUGGUUGGACCAGGGCUGUACCCGGUGAAGCUGGCAUAAGCUGCGCCCCUGAGUGGACAAGUUCAGAACCGGAGAGCGUAGCGUAUAUUGCCUUCCUAUUGGUGUUUGGCUUUUUCCUUCCGCUUACUGUAAUUGGGACGUUCCAUUACAUGAUCUAUAGGGUGAUUCGACGAGUACCUCUGGAAGGAAACCCAAUGAUCCGCGCAUGUCGAAUGAAAUCUAAAAUGAGGCUAGUGCGCAUGACUUCUUUCUCUAUAGCCGCGUUCGUGGUAAGCUGGUUACCGUACUGUGUAGUAAGCAUAGCUGCUCUUGUAAAUGGUCAUCACGUGCUUUCAUCCGGGGAAGCGGAAAUUCCUGAACUGAUGGCUAAGGCGUCUGUGAUUUAUAACCCAUUCGUGUAUGCCUUCACAAAUGGUACCUACCGUGCUUCGCUGAAGGGAUUGCUUAUCGGUGGUAAUAGUGUCAUUCGGGUUAAUCCAUCAGUUCUUAGAACCAGUCCGGCGCCGAGUAGUUACGUGAACUCAGUAAUUAUCAAUCCACAACAAGAGGACACAGCUCUGUAAUGGAGUUUAUUGUUGCAUUCAAAAUCGAGUGAAAUGCAAAAAUAUAUAGGCUCUUGUAGGAUCGUCGUUAACGGGAAAAUGGUACAUAUCAGUGGAACAAACCAAAAAUAAAGCUACAAGAACGCAUGUUAGCAAAAGUGACGUGACAGUCUCGCCGACGAGUACGAAGUACAAAUUAUUUUAUACACAAUGACUUCUUACGCACGGGCCAUUAACUGACAUAAACAUUUAUUUCAGAUGUUUUACUGGAAAGAUACCAACAUGAUAAUUAGGAUGUUGAAUGACCAUCUAACCUUCCCUUUGAACCACAAAAUCCACACCAAUAUUGUUAACACGCUACGUGUUCUCUAGGGUCAAUGCAGCAGUUACCCCUAAUAUUUCCAACACCAUGCCUCUCAGUCUUGUAACCCAGAGCUCAACUUUCAAAAGGUGCCGCUCUUCAAACAAGUAAC